AUGCCGUCCUUCGCUCUCACCUCGCCCUCCUCCCCGAACUUCAAGCCUUUAUCGUCCGGCGACGAGAUAUUCGUCACUGACUGCUGUCAUAGGCCGAUCUGCCCCGCAUGCGUGCGCGCGAACCCGCGGCUCGUGCGGUACAAUCCGUGCUUGCACUGUCUGGGCGGAGUCGGCGCCGUCAGUGCGGGUUCGAGGACUCGGACGUUUCAGGAGGCAAGCGGUGGUGGGAAGGGUGCGAGCAUGAAGGUAAACGUAGAUGGGGGUGUGCGGGAUGAGGAUGUAUUCGUGCUGGGAGACGAUGAUGACGAGGUGGAAGAUGAAGACAGGGUAGGGGACAACGUGAGUACGGCAUCCGACUCUCCCUCGCCUGCAACGCCUCCCCCAGCCUACACCGACGUCGUCUCCCCUCUCCCUUCCGCACCUUCAAUGCCCUCGAAAUCCCCGUCCUAUGCAUUCGCGACGAAGGAUUCGGAGGCAGGGCCAUCCAACUCCGAAGCGAAUUCCCCACAGCCAAAUGGCGACAGUCCUUCUCCAUCCUCAGGCCCACAGCGCUACUACAUCCAGCCCACCGACACCCUCGUCGGUAUCGCCCUCCGCUUUCACGUCGACGGCCGCCUCCUCUGCCGACUCAACCACCUCCCGCCCUCCACCCUCCGCACCACCCCGCACCUCCUCCACACCCGCGCCUUCCUCGACCUCCCGCCCAACACACCCGAGGCGCUCUUAGCAGGGAAGGUCGGCGUGAGGGCGGUGAACGGGCCAAGCACAGCGGACGAGGCGCGGCGCGCGCGUGAACGCGCAGAGAGCCGGUUCCGCACGUUCACGAAGGAGGCGGACUACCGCGUCGCGCGGGCGUACGUCGCCGUCGCGGACAUCGACGACUCGGACGCGUUCCGGGAGGACGAGAUGAAGAAGGCGAGCGCGGUCGCGUCGGCAGCCGAGAAGCUGCGGAAGCGGCAUCCCAGCUCGCCGAUCGAGGGCGGGGGAGAGGGGAGCGGUCUGGAGGUCCGGGCGGUGGAUCGGUAUCUGGACGAUGAGGAGUGGGAGGAGAGGCAGAGGAGGGACGGGAGGGGAGUCGGGAUCCCUGCGUUUCCGUUAUUUGGCGGUGUGGAGAAGCCUGCAGAUGGGAAGAAGACGUGGUGGAGGUGGUAA